AUGGUGGACUUAGAGAAUAUAUCAGCGUUUGUGUUCCUCAGACUGUGUCAUGAAGUGGGGACGUCAUCGGAAGUUGGAGCCAGGAGAGAUGUGGUGGACCUUAAAAAUACACUGGCAAAUAAAGCAAGAAUAAAUCAUGACAACGUUUUCAUGACAAGUGGAAGUCGCAGAGAAGGUUUCAGAAUGAUGGACUCAGACGUAGACGUUAUGUGCUGGCCAGAUAAUUACCGUGUGAUCUGGGACGUUCAUCAAUCACAGUGUUAUAACAUACACAUGAAAGAACUGAUUCUCUGUGAUUGUUCCGAAAGCCCACCAGGAUUCACCUUGUUAUAUUUACUGUCACCAAGAUUGUAUAGUGAAAUCCAUGGAGCUUGUGUUAGAAUGAAAAACAGACAUUAUAUAUCUAGUUCUAAACACAGAGAGAUGAUGUGUUUUGCAGAACCACAGAGCUCCACUCUCCAUGGACCUUGUGUGAGUAGAUUUCAUGGAAUUCUAGGAUAUGAUUUUGCUCACUGUCUUGCAUCGGAUAUUUGGCCUCCGUCUGCUUCCUCAUGGAUAGACAGAAGUAACUCAUGGCCUCAAUACCAUAUUGUUCAUGAUAUAGUAAAAAGUGGAUGUCACUUUGUAGCAGUUGGACAUAAACUAGGAAGACAUGAACAUAAUGAAUGGAGAAUUUCUUUCUCUCUGGCAGAACAAAAACUUGUGUACGCAAUGAACCACUGCCAGUUCUUAACUUACGGCCUGCUUAAGUUGUUUUUAAAUAGAAUAAUAAACAAUGGAUUAGGCGAUGAUGAUAAAUUACUGUGUUCCUAUCACAUCAAGACUGCAGUUUUCUGGGUCAUUCAACAAAAUAUGAUACCUUAUUGGUGUCCACAUACUGUCCUUUACAGUUCCUGGGUCUGUUUUAAACUCAUCCUCAAAUGGGUAUAUGAGGGAGUGUGUCCUAACUUUUUCAUUCCAAGUAACAACAUGUUUCUGAGUAAUAUUUAUGGUGAAGCCCAAAAUGUUUUAUUUAUAAGAUUGUAUGAGCUGUAUAAGAUUGGUAUAAGAUCCAUGCUAGACACUCUCUCCAUUAUGUCAUGUAGUGGAUGCAUUGCUUUCCUGCGUGAUCCAAGUUUUUCCCGCUGUGCAGAUGAAAAUAUCAAGUUUUCUGAGGCUGAUUUUGAUGUCAAGUUAUUUAAAGAAAUAGAGAGCAAUGACUCGCUACCCGCAUUAAACGUACAAGGAUGCCUAAAUUAUCUACAAUACAAUAUAUUAGAACGGACGAUUACUACACCCCUGACACAGUAUCAAGUCGGUGUGCUACAGACAUUUACAAACUCUGUCCUCCAGAAUCUAGCUUUUGUAUUACAUAUGAAUACUUAUUCACAAGAAAACAAACUUAAAUACAGAGCUGACAAAAAGUCCUGCCACAUUCUUAAAUUAGCAGCCAAGUUUGGUUGUAUUUCAGACAUGCUGUAUAUAGCCAUGUAUUAUUACACGACAUUAAGAUACAAGGAAGCAUUAUAUAUCAUAGAGGUGACAAAGAUUAAACUAGCAAAGUCAUACGUGAUGCACAAUUAUAGUGUAGAUGGGGAGAGGUAUACAGAGGCUGUGGGGGGUCAAUCCUGGUCUACAAAGAUGAGACAUGCUGUAGCAUGGGAUCUAAAACUUAAUAACAAAAUUAUAUACAUCAGUGAAUUGAUACCAGAACAACAUUCUAGUCAACAGAACAAUGUGCCUUUUUUAUAUGUUCCACCCUUCGUUAUGUUAUACAUGCUAGAAGUUUUCUGCUACCAACAUAUAGACACAAUCAAAGCACAAGAAGCUUUAGAUGAUCUACGGACCCUGAUUCACUAUGAUCAAGGACAGUUUAUAACUGUACUUGCCAAAAAUACAGCAUGGCAGAUUUUAGGGAUUUGUCAACAGAUGACAAGAAACUUCCAGGAUGCUAUGUUUUCAUACCAACAAUCUCUAAGAGAAGAUCAACUCCACAGUAUACAAACUGCUACAGAAAUGAGAAUACAAGGAAUCCGUCUGCUAAAUUACUAUUCAAGUUGA